AUGUUCGUUUUUUUAAUUUGCUUCCUCCUAGGAGUUCCUGGAAAUAUUGCUGUGAUCAUCCUCAAACCAAACUGGCAGCACCUGUCCAGUCUGAGUCAGAGUCUGAUGCUGAAUUUGGCCAUAUCAGAUCUGAUCUGCCUGCUCCCCCUGCCUCUGUGGAUUUACACCUUACAGUACAGCUGGACUUUUGGCCUGGUGGCUUGUAAGAUCCUCACGUAUCUCAUGUACUGUGGUGUCUAUUCUAGCAUGCUUACAGUGACGGUGCUGAGUGUGCAGCGCUACCUACAGGUGGUGCACCUGCAGACGAUCUUCAAAUGUGUAGGAAAGAGGAGGCUUCUGGUUCUGCUCUGGCUGGUUACCAUGAUCCUGUCUAUCCCUGCUUCAGUGGUUCCACAUGUCACUAAAGACCAGUAUGGUACAUCCUGCACACGUACUGACUCUCUCCCUUCCCAGCUGGUUGCCAUGCUGCUGACAGAGUGUCUUGUAGGAUUGGUUGCAAUUUCUGUCGUGGCAUUUUCAUACAUCGGCCUCCACAGCAAACUGAACCAUGCAGCUUUCUUCAACAACCCACAGACGACCCGGCUCAUCAUAAGUAUCACUGUGGCUUUUUUUGUCCUAUGGAUGCCAUUUUGUAUCACAAAUGUACUUGGUGUUGCAGCUAUUUCGCUCAAAAAUCAAGGCCUAUGGAGGUUUUGCUUGAUCAGCUACAACCUUGUCAAAUCACUGGUAUUUGUGAAUUCCUCUCUGAAUCCAUUCCUUUAUGCUUUUGCUUAUAGAAACAUGUGCACUGGGUGCAGAGAAAGCUAA